AGGCGCUUCGGCCGUUGCAGGUUGCGGUGCAGACAUGGCCAAGUCCAAGAACCACACCACACACAACCAGUCUCGAAAAUGGCACAGAAAUGGCAUCAAGAAACCCCGAUCACAAAGAUAUGAAUCUCUUAAGGGGGUAGAUCCCAAGUUCCUGAGGAACAUGCACUUUGCCAAGAAGCACAACAAGAAGGGCCUGAAGAAGAUGCAGGCCAACAAUGCCAAGGCCGUGAGUGCACGUGCUGAGGCUAUAAAGGCCCUUAUAAAGCCCAAGGAGGUUAAGACCAAGAUUCCAAAGGGUGCCAGCCGUAAACUCAGUUGACUUGCCUACAUUGCCCACCCCAAGCUUGGGAAGCGUGCUUGUGCACGCAUUGCCAAGGGUCUCAGGCUCUGCCGGCCAAAGGCCAAGGCCAAGGAUCAGACAAAGGCCCAAUCUGCUGCUUCACCUGCAGCUCCAGCUUCAGUUCCAGCUCAGGCUCCCAAAGGUGCCCAGGCCCCCACAAGGCUCCAGAGUAGAGGCAUCUGUCUGCCACGAGGACAAAAGGACUGGU